AUGACAGUUGGUCAGUUCGAAUUUCAGCAUAUUGUCAAGCCCUGGCAGCCAAGUCCUCAACGGACAUACAUCUUUACGUCUGCCAACUUGAUUGACCCUGUCACUGGUACAGUCGCGGAAAAUACGACCAUUGAACUCUCCGAUGGCUUUGUAUCUUUGGUUGACAUGUCCGGAGUAGGGACUAGCGACAAUGUCGACCCUGACGCUGUAAAGGUCGACAUGAAAGGCAAAUACAUCUGCCCGGGCUUGAUUGAUUCCCAUGUUCACAUCGCUGCAGUCCCUGGCUCUUUGAGCCUUCGAGAAAUGAAAGAGAUAAGCAACGAUCAGAGUGUUUUACGGCAACCGAGCGUUUGCAAGUCCAUGCUGACCCGUGGGUUCACGACGGUCCGAGAUUGCGGAGGGGCAUCCCUUGCCUUGAAAGAAUCAAUCCAGGAAAGCAUCAUAUGCGGGCCGAGAUUGUUCAUUGCCGGACAUGCCCUUUCUCAAACAGGAGGUCAUGGAGAUCGCCGUCAACAGCACGAUCCAAAUGAGUGCUGUGCGGGGCAUGUUAAUGGGAUUGGCCGUAUCGUGGACGGAGUGGAUCAGUGCUUGAAGUAUGCCCGCGAGGAGUUGCGACAGGGCUCGGACUUCAUCAAAAUCAUGGGUGGUGGUGGGGUUGCUAGUCCUACAGACCAGAUCCAACACCUUCAAUUCUCUGAUGAGGAAAUCAGGGCCAUUGUCACAGUGGCUAACAAUGCGGGGACGUACGUUACCUCCCAUGCAUAUACGCCACAAGCGAUCCAGCAGGCUGUCAAACAAGGGGUAAAGGGGAUUGAACAUGGCAAUCUCAUUGACGAAGCCACAGCCGAAAUGAUGAAGCAGAACAGCGUCUUUCUUACCCCUACUUUGGUAACAUACGCGACAAUGGCCGCUCCACAGUUCAGCGGGUUCCUCCCCCCUGUUUCUGCGGGAAAGAACCGCGAAGUUCUGGACAAAGGCCUGCACGCUCUGGAGAUAGCCAAUAAGGUUGGGGUAGAUAUUUGCUUUGGCACGGAUCUCUUAGGUCCCCUGCAUUAUGCCCAAAGUAAAGAAUUUGCCAUUCGGAGCACUAUCCAGACACCCUCUGAGAUCCUUCGAAGCGCCACCACGACUCCUGCGCGGAUGCUGAGACAGGAUAAAUUCCUCGGCAAGAUUGCUCCAGGGUUUGCCGCCGACUUGCUCAUCUUGAACGCAAACCCCUUAGAUGAUAUCACCGUUUUUGAUCGACCGGACCAACAUUUGCUAGCAACCAUCAAGGAAGGCCGUGUCUUGAGUUCGCGUUGGAGUCUGUUAGAUGUUGAAGCAAGCCAUCUGCCAAAGAUCGAGUGA